AACCAAGCGGUGAGUGAAUCCGUAGUAAGUAAACAGAGUCGAAGCAGGAAAGUCGAUGUGAGGGACGGGACCUUGGGCUGCCGCGUUUUAUGCUCUGAUACAAUUCAUCACUGGCAUUCCAGGGAUGCCAGAAGCGUGAUGCCGCCAGCUCAUCAAUUCCAAAGUGCCAGUGUCCCAUCCCAGCCUCUCAAAAUAAACACAGGCACCAAAAAUGCGAACUUCGCGGGAAUUCCAAGCAGUCCGCAUCCAGCAACGACCCCAAGCACGAGUCUCCUUCUCACUCUCCAAGGCAACGCCGAGCAGCCACGGUCUUUCACGCGCCACAGGGCAUCCAUCGUUGGCAACUGUCCAAGAAUCCAAAGCAGUAGGAUUCUUGGCAUCUUGUUUCAUUUGUGUAGAUGCAGAUCUCUCACGAGGUCAUCACCAGCCGGCACCUGCAAACACGCCCUCAUUUUUCCAUCCCUCUGCUCAGGCAUCCCAUUCAAACAACUCUCCGGCAAACGCCCAAUCCUCGCCCCUGAAGCUAGCGAGCGGCCCCAGCGCUUAUUGGGCUCUUUGGUCGCCAAUCUCACCAAUGACACAAAACGCCCCAUCCACAUGGCAUCAAAUCGUCCACACCACCGACGUGACAGAGAGAUGGAAAUGAUUGUUGUGUGUAUGCCAAAUGAUCUGCUCUCCCAUCUAUGCCACCACCAUCCCGAUAACGCCUGUAUAUCGACCUCUCGACAAAAGGAUUAGAGAAGAAACAAAAUAGCAAUGGGGAUAUAACGCGAGGAGGAAAGCAACAAGUGCUGCCUCAUGCAACCAACUCAACACCAUGCUCGCCGAUCCUGAUGACGGUAAAACAAGACAGCAAAAAAGACUGACGGAUUCCCGUAAAAGGGUCAUGGCCGAGGCAUCAGAUAAGACUGUGCCUCGUCCUGGUAGACCC